GUGUUUGUCAUUGACAUUUAGUUCACCGUUGUCUGUAGUGCUUAUUUUAACAUCUAAAAUCAGGUUCAUUCUCAAUGAGCUCUGAAUACCUGAAAUUGGUUAAUGGAAUUUGGAAAAUGGGUUAUUUUCCCUAUGCUAUUCUAGAAGCUAAUAAAAGUCAUAGUUUCGUAGUACUACCUGAGACACUGACCUAAACGUUUACUUUUUCCUGAACAAUAGAGAACAUUUUCCUCAGACUGCUUUUAAAUAAAGUGGACUUGGUUCUUUUCGCGUGACAACAGCUACCUCUUCUGGCACAUUUAAAGCAACUGUCGAUUAUUUACACCCGGAAGAAGACUAGUGAGGUCAUGGGGGGCAAAGUCAGUAGCAAAAUGGCGGCUGUUGGACGAGUGGUACAGGUACGCUUGAAAAACCGGGCAAUGUAUCGCUUUGCAACAACACUUGUAACACAAGCUGUGAAACCUCAUGCUCCACUUAUCAAGUUUCCCAGCAGAGAGGGGAUCCCCAGACCGAAUGUCCAAGAGGCUCUUAAAACAUUAGCAGUCAGCUUUCCUAGUUCACCUCCAGCUGUAACAUCACAACUCUUAUCAAGAUCCCCUGGACCUCUCACUCAACUCCCUGGAACCCCAGACAGUGCGGCCACAUUGAAGAAACUCCCCCAAAGAUAUUGCAGAAGGCCACUGGAAGCUGAUGAAAUGGAAUAUAUUCAGCGUGGUGGACCAGAGUGAUGCUGAUUGAAUGCAACCAAAUGACAAGGUUCAGACUGAAUUGCACCCAAAGAUGGAAGAAAAUCAAGGGAUCAUAUUUCCAGGCCCCUUCAGUACAAUAAUGGAUUAGUAUGGGGAAGAACUGUACUGCAAGUCUUUUGGCCACUGAGAAAGUAGGAUACACAAUGGACUUUGAUAUGCUGGAUCUGAAAGAUUACAAUAUUGACUAUGAUAUUG